CUUCAUCUUUUCAAUUUUUCAAAUUAGGGGAAAAAAAGAUACAAAAACAACAAAACCCCUAAUUCAAAAAUUACGUUCCGUUCCGUGCCGUCUUCUUUCCUCCCUCACACAUUACACUCACAACUUACACAAACUUCCCCGAUCCAAAUAAUUUUUUAUCUCCCUCUCUCUCUCUCUGUAUAUAUAUAUAUCCAUACACAUAAUUAUUAUAUAAAUAUAUUGAAAUGUCGACGGAAGAUGAGAAGUUAUUAAAAGAAGCGAAGAAGUUACCAUGGGAAGAUCGAUUGUUACAUAAGAACUGGAAGGUUCGUAACGAUGCUAAUAUUGAUCUAGCCUCUUUAUUUGACUCCAUUUCCGAUCCUAAAGAUCCCCGUUUCCGUGAAUUAGGGCAUUUUUUUAAAAAGACGGUUUCGGAUUCGAAUGCGCCGGUUCAAGAUAAGGCCCUCGACGCGCUAAUUGUUUACUUAAAAGCCGCAGAUGCCGAUGCUUCAAGGUUUGCCAAGGAAGUUUGCGAUGCAGUUGCGGCAAAAUGUCUGAACGGGCGGCCAAAGACAGUGGAGAAGGCGCAAAUUGUGUUUAUGCUUUGGGUGGAGUUGGAAGCUGUGGAUGUAUUUCUGGAUGCUAUGGAAAAAGCAAUAAAAAAUAAAGUGGCUAAAGCUGUUGUUCCUGCGAUAGAUGUCAUGUUUCAAGCCUUAAGUGAAUUUGGUUCAAAGAUUGUGCCACCAAAGAGAAUAUUAAAGAUGCUUCCCGAACUUUUUGAUCACCAAGAUCAAAAUGUUCGUGCUUCGUCUAAAGGGUUGACACUUGAGCUUUGUCGUUGGAUUGGUAGAGACCCUGUCAAGUCCAUACUGUUUGAGAAAAUGCGUGAUACAAUGAAAAAAGAGUUGGAGGCUGAACUUGCUAAUGUCACGGGAUCUGCUAAGCCUACCCGCAAAAUAAGAUCUGAGCAAGACAAGGAACCAGAACAAGAAGUUAUGGCUGAGGCUGUGGGUUCUGGUCCAUCUGAGGAAUCUGCUGCCGAGGUUUCUCAGGAAAUAGACGAGUAUGAGCUUGUUGACCCUGUUGAUAUCUUAACACCUUUAGAGAAGUCAGGGUUUUGGAAUGGAGUGAAAGCUACUAAAUGGUCUGAGCGAAAAGAGGCUGUUGCAGAAUUAACUAAGCUUGCUUCAACAAAAAGAAUUGCUCCAGGAGAUUUUACAGAAAUUUGUCGUACUCUUAAGAAGCUUAUAACAGAUGUAAAUAUUGCUGUCGGAGUGGAAGCAGUUCAAGCCAUUGGCAAUCUUGCUUUGGGAUUAAGAACUAAUUUUUCUGCAAGCUCACGUUUUGUGCUUCCUGUUCUUCUUGAAAAACUGAAAGAGAAGAAGCCUACCAUGACUGAAGCGCUCAAUAAUACUCUUCAAGCAAUCCACAAAGCUGGAUGUGUGACUCUGGCUGAUAUUGUUGAAGAUGUUAAAGCAGCUGUCAAAAAUAAAGUUCCACUCGUGCGGUCACUUACAUUGAAUUGGGUGACACAUUGCAUUGAGACGAGCAACAAGGCUAUCAUUCUGAAAGUGCACAAGGACUAUGUUCCCAUCUGCAUGGAGUGUCUUAAUGACGGGACACCUGAAGUCAGGGAUGCUGCAUUUUCAGUCUUGGCAGCAAUAGCUAAGUCCGUUGGCAUGAGGCCUUUGGAGAAGUCAUUGGAGAAACUUGAUGAUGUCAGACGUAAAAAGCUCUCAGAACUGAUUGGUGCCUCCGGAGGUGGCACUUCAACUGUGGCAGGCUCAGUUGUCCCAGCAUCAGGUGGAGCUGUAUUAUCUGCAGAUGCUUCUGAUGGAGGAUUUGUUAAAAGGUCAGCAGCAAGCAUGUUGAGCGGAAAGAGGCCUCUUCCAGCUGCUCCUGCUGCUAAAAAGGCAGGUCCCGCAAAGGCUGCCGUUGGCAAGAAAGUAGAUGGACCAAAUCAAACGAAAAAAGUUGAACCUGAAGAUGUUGAGCCAUCUGAGAUGACUCUGGAAGAGAUUGAAAGCAGAUUAGGAUCUCUUAUUCGAGAAGAUACUAUUACCCAAUUGAAGAGUACUGUGUGGAAAGAACGACUUGAAGCUAUUACCUCAUUGAAAGAGCAAGUUGAAGCUCUACAAGAACUUGAUCCGUCAGUUGAAAUUUUAAUCCGUCUACUGUGUGCUGUUCCUGGUUGGAGUGAGAAAAAUGUGCAGGUUCAGCAACAGGUCAUUGAAGUUGUCAGCAAUGUAGCCUCUACCGCGUCAAAGUUUCCUAAAAAAUGUGUUGUACUUUGCAUAGGAGGUAUAUGUGAAAGGGUGGCUGAUAUUAAGACACGUGCCCAAGCUAUGAAAUGUCUUACCACUUUUUCUGAGGCUGUGGGCCCUGGUUUUAUCUUUGAAAGAAUGUCCAAGAUCAUGAAAGAGCACAAGAACCCUAAGGUUCUUAGUGAGGGCUUGUUAUGGAUGGUUUCUGCAGUUGAUGACUUUGGUGUUACACAUCUGAAAUUAAAGGAUGUUAUUGAUUUCUGCAAAGAUACUGGUUUACAAUCAAGUGCUGCUGCUACUAGAAAUGCAACAAUUAAACUCAUUGGCGUAUUACAUAAGUUUGUUGGCCCUGAUAUUAAAGCGUUCCUGUCAGAUGUCAAGCCUGCCCUUCUUAGUGCAGUGGAGGCCGAAUGUGAAAAAAAUCCUUUUGAGGGUGCAGCCGCUGCACCAAAGAAGACUGUCAAGGCGUCAGAUUCUGCAUCAUCUGUUUCUGGUGGUGGUUUGGAUGGCUUGCCACGUGAGGAUAUUAGUGCAAAAAUAACACCAACCCUUUUAAAGGGACUGGAGAGUUCUGAUUGGAAGAUUCGUUUGGAAUCUAUUGAAGCUGUAAAUAAGAUUGUGGAAGAAGCUAAUAAGCGUAUUCAGCCAACUGGAACUGUGGAGUUAUUUGGGGCUCUUCGAGGUAGGUUAUACGACAGCAACAAAAAUUUAAUCAUGGCUACUUUGACCUCUAUUAGUGGUCUUGCACUUGCUAUGGGACCUGCAAUAGAAAAAUCCAGCAAGGGUAUUCUGUCAGAUGUUGUGAAAUGUCUUGGUGAUAACAAAAAGCACAUGAGAGAAUGUACCUUAGGGACAUUGGAUUCUUGGGUUGCUGUUACUCACCUUGAUAAGAUGGUACCAUAUAUUACUGCUUCUUUGACUGAUGCUAAAAUUGGCGCGGAAGGGCGUAAGGACCUUUUUGAUUGGUUAUCCAAACAACUAUCAGGAAUGGUAGAGUUUCCCGAUGCCAUUCAAUUGCUGAGACCUGUUGCUGUUGCUAUGACGGACAAGUCAGCAGAUGUUCGUAAAGCCGCAGAAGUGUGCUUUGGAGAUAUUGUUAGAGUCUGUGGACCAGAAAUGGUCAUGAAGAAUGUUAGAGAUAUUCAAGGUCCUGCUUUGACUAUUGUACUUGAACGAUUGAAGUCACAUGGGACAUUUGCAGAAGCACAUGACUCCAACAAAACAGUUGCAACUGGGCACACAGUGAAAGCAAACUCAAAGACUGGAAAGUCUAAUGGAUAUGCAGCAAAGCAUGGGAGCAGAUCUGUACCUUCGAGAGCAAUUUCCACAAAGGGCUCAAAGCCGGAGUCUAUAAUGUCUGUUCAAGAUAUUAACAUACAGUCACAAGCUUUACUAAAUGUUAAAGACUCUAACAAGGAUGAACGGGAAAGAAUUGUGGUUCGUAGGUUUAAAUUCGAAGAGUUGCGCUUGGAGCAGAUUCAGGAUCUUGAGAAUGAGAUUAUGAAGUACUUCAGGGAGGAUUUGCACAGGCGACUUUUGAGCACAGACUUUAAAAAGCAAGUUGAGGGGAUCGAAAUGCUUCAGAAGGCACUUCCAACAAUGGUCAAGGAAAUAAUUGAAAUUUUAGAUAUACUGCUAAAGUGGUUUGUUUUGCGAUUCUGUGAUUCCAACACAUCAUGUCUACUAAAGGUGUUAGAAUUUCUCCCCGAGCUGUUUGACACACUGAGGAAUGAGAAUUACACUAUGAAUGAAUCCGAAGCAUCCAUCUUUCUCCCUUGCUUGGUUGAGAAGGCGGGUCACAAUAUUGAGAAACUCAGAGAAAAGCUGCGUGAACUAAUGAAGCAGAUCAUACAUAGUUAUUCUGCUGCUAAAACUUUCCCUUAUAUUUUGGAAGGUCUGCGUUCUAGAAAUAACAGAACACGAAUUGAGUGUGUUGAUCUUGUUGGAUUUUUGCUCGAUAAUCAUGGGACUGAGAUAAGUGGGCAACUGAAAUCUCUGCAAAUUGUAGCAAGUUUAACAGCAGAACGAGAUGGUGAACUUCGAAAGGCUGCGUUAAAUUCUUUAGCGACUGGCUAUAAGAUAUUUGGUGAUGACAUCUGGAGAUACGUUGGGAAGCUGACUGAAGCACAAAGAAGCAUGUUAGAUGAUAGAUUUAAAUGGAAGGCCCGAGAAAUGGAAAAAAGAAAAGAAGGGAAGCCAGGUGAAGCAAGAGCUGCGUUAAGGCGCUCUGUGAGGGAUAAUGGUUCGGACAUUGCUGAGCAAAGUGGUGAAGUUUCACGCUCCAUGCCAGUUUUUAGCAGGGAAAUUUUUACCCCCCCGGAGUCUCAAAUGGAAAGACAUUCAAUGGCUAGGCCAUCUGGACCUACAGAUUGGAAUGAAGCUUUAGAUAUCAUUACAUAUGGCUCUCCUGAGCAGUCGGUUGAAGGCAUGAAAGUUGUGUGCCAUGAGCUAGCAGCUGCAACCAAUGACCCAGAGGGCAGUUUGAUGGACGAUCUAAUCAAAGAUGCUGACAGGCUUGUUUCUUGUUUAGCAGCUAAAGUUGCAAAGACUUUUGACUUUAGCCUGAUGGGUGCUUCUUCAAGGUCUUGCAAAUAUGUCCUCAACACACUCAUGCAGACAUUUCAAAAUAAGCGGCUUGCUCAUGCUGUCAACCAGAGAACACUCGACAAUCUUAUUACAGAGCUCUUGCUUUGGCUUUUAGAUGAAAGGGUUUCAAGGAUGGAUGACGGCAGUCAGCUAUUGAAGGCAUUAAAUGUUUUGAUGCUUAAGAUAUUGGAUAAUGCAGAGAGGACAUCUUCAUUUGUGGUGCUGAUCAAUCUCUUAAAACCACUGGACCCUUCUAGAUGGCCAUCUCCACCAUCAACCGAGUCUUUUUCUUCAAGAAAUAUGAAAUUUUCAGACUUGGUUGUCAAAUGCUUAAUUAAACUUACAAAGGUUCUUCAAAGUACCAUUUAUGAGGUUGACCUUGACCGCAUUCUUCAAAGCAUUCAUAUAUAUCUGCAAGAACUUGGGAUGGAAGAAAUUAGGCGGAGAGCAGGAGCAGACGAUAAACCUUUGCGUAUGGUCAAAACUGUUUUACACGAGCUUGUAAAGCUUCGUGGGACUGCAAUAAAAGGUCAUCUUUCUUUGGUUCCAAUCGACAUGGAGCCCCAACCUAUAAUACUAGCCUACAUUGAUCUUAAUCUUCAGACGUUGGCUGCUGCUAGAAUGUUGACACCGACUGGGCCCGCUGGCCAAGCACAUUGGGGCGAUUCAAUGGCGAAUAAUCCCAUGCCUGCUACUCAUUCUGCAGAUGCCCAGUUGAAGCAAGAACUGGCUGCAAUAUUCAAGAAAAUUGGAGACAAGCAAACAUGCAGUAUUGGUCUAUAUGAACUAUAUCAGAUAACUCAGUUGUACCCAAAGGUGGACAUAUUUUCUCAACUUCAAAAUGCAAGCGAAGCUUUUCGAACUUACAUUAGAGAUGGUUUAGCACAGAUGGAAAAGAAUGCAGCGGCUGGAAGAACUCCAUCUAGCGUGCCUAUGCCGACACCUCCCCCAUCUGCCUUAAAUCUUUCAUCUCCAAAAUUUGCACCUCUUUCACCUGUACAUACAAAUUCUUUAGAUGAUGGCAAAUCGAUUAAUACUAUAAACAAGCCCACAAGUUUCAAUCUACCACCGUCAAAUGCUGAAGAUGACAGGUUGGAAUAUACUACGGCUCCGAGAGGUGUAGCGCCUGCUCAAUUAGAAGACCAAAGGAAUGAUAGACUCCCAUCUGGAGCUAAUAACGUGAAAAUAGAUGAAAUUAGAGAGAGGUUGAAGAUCAUCCAGUCAGCUUCUGCCGGGAAUCCUGAACCUGUAAACCGGCCAAUGAUACACAUUAAUGGUAGUAAUGAAGACUACGACUCCGGUCAUCCAACAGCCGAGGCAAGUGGUACAGCCAAUCCCCAUCCUGUUCAUAGUGGUGUCCUUCCCAUGGAUGAAAAGGCACUAUCCGGGCUUCAAGCACGCAUGCAGAGGCUUAAAAGUGGAUCAGUUGACCCUCUAUGAAAUACAAUGCUAAUGGAUAAUCUUAUAGGUUUUGGCAAGUUUCAGGACUUUCAGGCUAUCAUCACACAUCCAAAUGUAGUAUUCUCAGCUGCUGGGGGGCGUGUGAAGUCAAAUUCUUGCCACACUAGGGUUAUAGAAAGGAUGCUAAAUUAGGGGGGUUGCAUCCUUAUUAUUUUUUUUAUUUUUUUUGAUGUGGAGGGCCUGUAAAUUUAUCAUUGAAGCAUAUUAUGGUGUUCAUAUGCUUUUGUAGUGUUUAGUAGGAAACACAACAAUGAUGUGUUUUUCAUGUGAACACGUUAGGUUAUUAAAAGCCUUGGUAGCCUUGAGUUUGUUA